AUGGAUAUUGGUGAUAGUCGUCGUCCUCUUGUUGGAAACUUUCUGCCAAAUGGAUUUAUGAUAUUACAUAAUUCCCAAGGUCAACGAAUUAAUCUUAAUAUAACUAUACAUGAAAACGUGAAUUCGGGACCAUAUACUAUUGGAAU